AUGGCCGUCAGACAGCGGCAACUUCGCAAACCUCAGCAUCAGCGGGCACAUGCGUGGAUACUCGGCAAUAGUAUGGCCUCGUUGGCAUCUGCAGUACAUUUGAUCCAGGAGACAAGUAUCCCUGCGUCGCACGUUAAUGUCGUGGAGUCUCGCACAUCUGCCACGGAUGGUCUGUCUACUACUGGCAACGCUACGAUUGGUUACGACUACCGAGCUGCAUGCCUCCCUAUAUUCUGCGAUGGCUGUACCGAGGACUUGCUUUCCAUUAUUCCUUCGACUUCCGGACCAGGAAAGACUCUUCUGGACAAUCUGAAAUGCACUCCAAGGGAGAUUGCUCCGACGCGUGUUAUAAUCAAACGUGGACACAAAGAACAGGUGUGCAAUGCCAGGGGAUUACGAAUGGGUUGGAAAGUCAGGAUCAAAUUGGCCCUUUUUCUGCGGCAUUCCGAGGGGGCAUUGGGCCGAAAGACGAUCCGGGACUGUUUGGACAAUGAGUUCUUCAAGAGUGCAUUUUGGGCUGUCUGGGCUUCUACGUUUGGCUUCUCACCGUGGCACAGCGCCGUUGAGUUUCGCCGAUGCUUGCGCAGUUUCCUUCAUGAGAUCCUCCAGUCCUCUACCGAUCCCGCUGCGCUAAAUUGUUGCACGUAUAAUGCUCACGAGGACAUUAUUAUGCCGAUGACUCGCUUUCUUCAGAGCCAGGGUGCUGAUUUGAAAUUUAACAGCAAAACCACUCUUAUAACGAUGGGCAACGACACUGGCUGUCAAAGAGAAGGGAUUGAGAAAACCGUCACAAUAGGCCCUCAUGACGUCGUUAUUGCAACCCUUGGUUCUGCUAUAUCGGGGUCAUCGAGCGGCACUUCCACAGACCCACCGCCUCAGGAGCUAUUGCCGGCAGUUGACUAUUUCGACGAAAACUGGUCUCUCUGGUUGGGUUUAUUUCCGAAUCUCGGCGAUCCAUACAGUUUUUGCACCCGAGUGACGGAGUCGAGAGCAGAAUGUUUUACGAUCACAUCUCGCCAGUGUGACUUCUUCGCCAAGCUCACCCAAGAAAAUCCUGAAAAGAUCGUUUCGAUUGUGCUACCGGGGAGCGAGUGGUCCAUCAGUCUAUUUAGACCUCAUUGCAAGACGAUCAACGGGUCCUCUGGCGACGAACGGAUCAUCUGGGGGCACGCUUCCUCUCCCGGGCGCGAAGGAAAUUACGUGAAAAAGCCAAUGCUUGACUGUGGGGGAAUGGAGAUCCUCGCAGAGUUGCUACAGCAUUUCCAUGCGUAUUCAGAGGACAGCCUCAGUCACUUCACGCUCAUUCCGCGCGUGGCACCCCGCCUAGCAGCUCCCCUGCUGGCUCGUAACUACAAAGACCGACCAAAGGUGGUAGGAAAUGAGGCAGAGAACCUUGCGGUAGUUGGUCAAUUUGUUGAGAUACCAGAUGAGACUGCCGCGACUAUGGAUUACAGCGUACGGAGCGCCCAAUUGGCUGUCUAUCGACUAAUGGGGUUGAGGAAAGAGCCACGGACAACACGAAAAGCCUCGGCUUCUGAUAUUCUAAGAUGGUAA